AUGGCUUCUGAAUUUUUCUCCGGAUUAUCUCAAAACUUUUCUCAAUUGCUUGAGGACGCAGAUGACUAUAAUAUUAUUAUCAAAGUUGGAGAGAAUUCCAAUACAAAAGAAUUUAACGCACAUUCAAAUAUCUUGAGAGCUCGUUCUCCUUAUUUUAAAAGAGCUCUUUCACAGAAUUGGGUAACAAAGAAAAAUAACAUGAUCAACUUUGCUAAACCAAACAUUUCUCCUACUGUCUUUGAAAUGAUCAUUAGUUAUUACUGGGCUAAUACUACCGAAAGUUUUAUUUUUUCUUUAGGUGAUGGAAAGGAUUUAAAAAAUUAUAAGAUUAGUCGAGUUAAAAAUAGUAGUUAUGCGAUGUACGAAUCGCAUUAUCAAAAUACUGCACUUAAUUUUGGCAAUAGUGAUUUGGUUAUCAAUAACAAUGUUGGCACAUGCAAUCAAUCUCAAUAUGCAAGUAAUAUUUUAGAUUUAAAUAGUUUUACUAUUGAGGAAAUGGAGAUUUUUAGAUUUUAUUAA